UAGAGUGUACCGUCAGCAGAAAGUAAAGAUCACACAGCAGAUGAGGAACUACCGGCAUCGCUGGAAAAGUUCAAACAAUCUACCUGCGUUAUCGAUUCUACGCAAAAUUUCCUUUCCUGGUACAACUCGAUCGAUGCAGAAAUUCUCGAACACUUUGACGACGCUUAUCUGGAGUACUAUGAACAGCUGCGAUCGCGUACAAGUGAAUGCGAUCAGAUGCUCCAAGAGAUCGACGUUUCGCUCGAUUCACUUCGCCAGCUUACGCAGGAGUUUAACUUUGUGUCUGAAAAAACGUCUUCACUGCAUCAGGCGAGUGAAAGUUUGCUGCAGGAUCAAACGCGCCUGAACGAUACAGGUGAUGAGAUCAAGAAGCGGUUAAAGUACUUCACCCAGGCGGAAAGCAUAUCGCAACGAUUGCACAAUCCAACGUUUUCCGUGUCGAACGAGACGUUUGUGGACAUUUUGAACACGAUCGACGAUUGCAUCGAAUAUAUGCGUGUGAAUCCGGCGUUUAGUGAGGCAGCUGCAUACUCGGUUAAGUACCGUACAUGUCUCGCCAAAGCUACGCAAAUGAUGAAAACGUAUGUGUUUGGAAUUCUGUCGAACGCCACCGCACAGGUGCUCGCGCCCAAAGGGUCCGGUGCACCGCGAUCGCUGGAGGCGCUUGAUCAGCCGAAGAUAGGCGAUCCUACAGCAGAUGCAGCGUUUGUGCUGUUUUAUGGAAAGUUUCAAGCAUCAUCACCGCGUGUAAAACGCAUCACUGGGCUGAUUGAAGAUCGUCUUGAUCGUAGUCCAGAUUACGAACAGUUGCUGGGAGAGCUGCAUCAAAACUAUCUUACUCAAAGAGCAACGAUCAUGAGAUCGGGCGUUGAUCAAGCUAUAAAGGAUUUGACAAAAAAGUAUAAAGGUGAUCACUGCGCACUGGUACGAUCGGCUUGUGCCUUUAUGGUACACAUUUGCCAGGAUGAGCAUAGACUGUUUUAUCAAUUUUUCGCCAAACAAAGUGCCCAACUAAUUAUCUACAUGGAAGGAUUGUGCACCAUUCUGUACGACACACUUCGGCCCUACAUCAUACGAAUCGAUCAUCUCGAAACGCUGGCCGAAAUAUGUAGCAUACUGAAGGUGGAAAUGCUGGACGAACACGUCGCAUACAGCCCGGAACCACUGGAAGCAUUCGCCAAGAUUGUCUACCAACUGCUGCAAGACGUACAGGAACGGAUCGGGUUUCGGGCGCAAAACUAUCUCGAAUCGGAUAUCCGCAACUAUCGGCCGUCGGCAGGUGAUCUCGCCUACCCGGAAAAGCUUGAAAUGAUGGAAAGCAUUGCCCUAUCACUGCAGGAAAAUCAAUACGCCCAACACCAGCUAAGGCGAGUGGAUUCCCGCAGUUCUAUCACAUCUGGAAUGUCCCUCGCAUCGCUCGAAACGACACAAACCACAACCGAUCCGGCGCUGAAAGUGCGUUCGGGAAAUUCGCCUGCCGACAUGCACGGUAUGUGGUAUCCUACCGUGCGCCGUACGUUGGUGUGCCUUUCGCGGCUCUAUCGCUGCAUCGACAAAUCCAUCUUCCAGAGCCUUUCCCAGCAAGCGCUGACCCACUGCAUCUACAGUGUUUCGUUGGCAGCUAGUCAAAUAGCUCAGAACCGUACAACGAUCGAUGGUGAACUGUUUGAGAUAAAGCAUCUGCUUAUCCUACGCGAACAGAUUGCACCGUUUCGGGUAGAUUUUACUGCGAAGGAAACGAGUCUUGACUUUAGCAAGGUGCGUACGGCUGCCUACGAGCUGUUGCAGAAACGUAAACAACUGUUUUCACUCGGUUCGAACAAUGCGUUGCUUGAGUUUCUGCUCGAUGGUACGCCACAGGUACGGGAACAGUUGCUCGAUUCGCGCAAAGAUGUGGAUCGUCAGCUGAAGCUGGUAUGCGAAACGUUUAUAAAAGACGCAACGAAACAGCUGGUCGGGCCAGUGUUAACGUUCAUCGAAGCAGCACAGAAUCAUCUUCGCAGUCAACCCGGAGGUGGAAAGACAGCAGCAGUAACGGCGGCUGGAUCUGUAACAAAUUCUGCAGUGCCAGCGAGUGGACAAAGCACGGGUAUGGCUUUGCGAAUGGCCCCGUUCGCUGCACCGCAACAGAUUAGCUCCAUCAUACAGGAGUGCUUAAGAAAUAUCAAAUCAAAAUUGGCUGGGCUGCAACGUUCGAUGCAGCUGUACCUCGCCAAUAAGGAUACGGAAUUCAUUCUCUUCCGGCCGAUACGGAACAACAUCAUCGGUUCGUUCGUCAAGCUAGAACAAAUUCUAAUGCUAAACGCUUACACAAAAGACGAUCUGACGAUCGUAAGCUGCCCAUCAGCGGAACAGAUUUCUGUACUGUUGUCGAGCGUUAACCUUGCCGGUGGUUCGGUUACCGAACAGUCGGUGCCUUCCUUUGGUAGCAAAGCACAACCGUCGCGAAAAAUCAGUACCAGUUCGUUGAUCAGUAGUAGCAGUGCCGGGGAACCGACGCAAUCGAAUACAAAAACUCCAAUCGAAAAGAAAGUUAGCUUCGAUAGUGGAGCAAAUACGGUGGUUGAAAUUGAACGUAUCGCAGAAUCAGAGGUAGAGAAAUGUGAGGAGGUGGUAGUGGAAGCACAGGAAGCAGUAUCUAAUCAACCGGAUCAGCAGAAUCCAGCAGGUCAGGUUGUUUAG